AUGGACCAACUCAGGGACUUCCUCGCACAACACCCACACAUUCACCAUGCUAGCCCUUCGUCUCCAGACUUCGAAACCUUGCGUGAGGCGUUUGUGAUCAAACCCACAGUCCCAGCCAUGAUCGUGCGCCCUCGCUCGGCGGAAGAUGUAGCCGGUCUCCUUGGGGUCUUGAAAGAAAACAAUCUUCCAUUCACCAUUCGGGUCGGUGGUCAUGACAUGUUUGGCCGGUCCCAGGUGCAGGAUGCUAUUACGAUUGACCUACGCGAGAUCGCCUACAUCCAUGUAGACCGGGACAAUCUCUCUGCUCGCGUCGGGGGUGGCGUGCUCUUCGUAGAUCUCAUCAAGGAAUUGAGCCGGAAUGACGUGGCUGUACCGCAUCCUUUGGUCGCGACCGUCGGAUAUGUUGGUUGGGCUACCCAUGCGGGAUAUGGCCUUCUAACGCCAAAGUUCGGUCUGGGAGCCGAUCAAAUACUCCAAGCUAAAGUGGUUGAUGCCCAAGCAGUUGUUCGGGAUGCGGAUGAGGACAUGUUGACUGCAAUUCGCGGCGGUGGUGGAGCAGUCGGAGUGAUUGUCGAAUUAACGAUCAAGGUGUAUCCUCUUGAACAGAUACUUGCAGGUUUCUUGGUGCUUGAAUCCAGCGAUCUACCAGCGACCAUUCGGCGAUACACCGAUGCCUAUCGUCAACAGAGCGAAGAAGGUCUUCCUGCCGAGCUCAAUCUCCAGCCGUCUGUUCUUAACGGUCCAGCAGGUAAGGCAAUGGCAGUUUUCUUCGUUUGGGCAUCUUCAGAUAUCACCGCCGGACAGAAAUGGUUGUCUAAGGUCAACACUUGGUCACCCGUGGUCAUGAGCACUGUUGCACCCACCACGGUCGCUGGGUUCCAUGAAAGCAUCAAAGACGUCCUCCCUAAAGCCGUAUAUGGACAUGCCUUCACGGUAAACUUCCAUGAAUUUACUCCUGAAGUUGUGGAGGUCAUUAGCAAGCAUGCACUGCUGCAGCCUGGCGAUCCUGCUACCCUCAUUUCCAUACACCAACUACGUGACUGCGCCCCAGAGCCCGUGGAAAAAUCCGUUUUUGGCACCCGUUGCCCUCAUUUCGUCCUUGAAAUACUCCCUUGCGUCCUGGAUAAAAACAAGCUGGACGAGACGGUGGCAUGGGGAAAUGACUUUUACAACGACAUGAUGAGAAUCGACACCGAGAACCUGCUACCCUCCACCUUCCUUGCGCUCACGGAAACAAGCAAAGUCAACAUGAGAAAGAUAUAUGGACAGCAGUACGAGACUCUGGCACGUCUUAAGAAACAGUACGAUCCGGGGAAUCUUUUCAAGCUUGCUUUGGUUCAGUUAUGA